CCAGCUUAGCCUCUCCCCAUUCAUGUCGUCCGCUCCUCCUCUUGGUCAGCUUAGUUCGGCCAUCAAGGAUAGGUUACCUCCUUCUCUACUACGAGGAUACACCCAAUGCCGGAACAAUCUGCUGAAGAACCUUCGCUCUGUGGAGUUGGAGAUCGCCGAGAAGGAGUAUCGAUAUCUCGACGGUUCGGUAGACUAUGGCAAUUACGUCAAGGGCUUUGAAAAUCUCCUAUCGUAUCGCCUGCCCUCUCAAGGUGGGGGCCACAGUAGUCGGAAGCAUCGAGGAGUCAAGAGUGCUGAUCGUCUAUUGUCCCUGAGCUCGACCAGUGCCCCUCUCACCUCCGACCAGACAUCAGCAGCUAUAUCGGCAACCCCGUCAACCCCUGGGACACCCGAGGAUGAAUCUACCAUCUCUGAACCAAUUCAUGUUAGUAAGAAGUCACGAACACAGAAAGGAGCGGCAGCUAAUAUGAAGCAUUCUGUUGUUAGUGAAGAAUCGGGAGUAUCAAGCGAAGCACAGACGACAACGGCAGGCACCCCACCUAUUGCUUCGAAGAAAAUUGGGAAAUCCUCGUCGAGGAAGAGAAAACGUUAGAGGUCAAUACUACCAUCUCUGUAGCGUCUGUAUGCACAGCACUGUUAUCACCAAUGUAACUUGUCACCACUUGUUCUCUUUUGAAACCACCAUUGUAAGCAUAAGAAUUUACCCUC